AUGCCUACCUCAUCUACAGCAGCUGCUAGUCCAGGCCACUCACAUAAUGUCGUUGGUGUACAUUAUAAAGUUGGAAAAAAGAUUGGCGAAGGAAGUUUUGGUAUCAUUUAUGAAGGCGUCAACUUGUUGAAUAAUCAACCUGUGGCAAUCAAGUUUGAGCCAAGAAAGAGUGAUGCCCCACAAUUAAGAGACGAAUAUCGAACUUACAAAAUUAUGGCUGGCUCCGUGGGUAUUCCUACAGCCUACUAUUUUGGUCAAGAAGGUCUUCACAACAUCCUCGUCAUUGAUUUGCUCGGCCCAAGUCUGGAAGAUAUGUUUGAUACCUGUGGUAGACGCUUUAGUAUCAAAACAACAGCUAUGCUCGCAAAGCAAAUGCUAACUCGAGUACAGACUAUACAUGAAAAGAACCUUAUUUAUAGAGACAUUAAGCCAGAUAACUUUUUGAUUGGCAAACCUGGCACAGAUGCAGAAAAUCAAAUAUUUAUUGUAGACUUUGGUAUGGCUAAAUUAUAUAGAGAUCCAAAGACAAAACAGCAUAUUCCUUAUCGUGAACGUAAGAGUCUGUCUGGAACUGCUCGUUAUAUGAGUAUCAACACUCAUUUAGGAAGAGAGCAAUCUCGUCGUGACGACCUUGAAUCACUCGGUCAUGUGUUCAUGUACUUCCUGAGAGGCUCUUUACCUUGGCAAGGAUUAAAAGCUGCUACAAAUAAACAAAAAUACGAAAAAAUUGGUGAAAAGAAGCAAACGACAGCUAUUAAAGAUCUCUGUGAUGGAUAUCCAGAGGAAUUUGGCAUCUAUCUUCAAUAUGUGCGUAAAUUAGGCUUUGAGGAAACUCCUGAUUAUGACUUUUUACGAAGUCUUUUUACAAAAGCCAUUGAAAAGAUUGGUGAAGUGGAAGAUAGUGUCUAUGACUGGAUGUUAUUGAAUAACGGCAAGGGCUGGCAGGUAAGAUUUUAA